AUGCCCGAAGCAAUGUGCGACGAAAUCCAAGACAGCAAUCUCGACGACAUUGAGCUCGUCCACCCAACAUUACGGAAACUACAUGCCGCAGGCUUCAAGGGCACCUUCCUCAAAGCCUACAUCCUACUCACCGAGAUCACAAAGAAGAUCGGAUGGGACCAACUUCUCAAAAUACGCUCACAAGUCUUCGUCAUGGAAGAAGAAUACCGGCACGAGAAAACGACGACACACGCUGCCAACAACACUACCGCCGCCCCCCACUCUCGCAGCGCCAGCACAACCGCCCUCCGUGCACCCUCCCCAAACACCCUUGCGCAAGCCAACGGCCACAACGAAGCCGACGAGCGCCCCUCUACUGAUGCAUCUACAAACGGCGAUACCCCCACCGAAGCCUCCGCAGCCGUAACCGCCGCUCAAGACUCCCUCGAAAAGCCCGGUCACACCGUCGCCGCAGAAGUCGUCAAAGCAGGCAGCGAAGACCCCCACGCACACGAUCACGACGCCUCCUCGUCCUCGCACCCCAGCGGCGGACCCACGUACACACAUUUCCAGAACAAGCGCCUAUGCGAACGCUGGCUGGACAACUUGUUCAUGGUGCUGUACGAAGACCUACGGGUGUACACGAUAUGGCGCACGGAAAUGGCGCAGUACCGGCAACAGCAACUACUCUACAAGAAGAGCGCCGAGGAAUGGGAGAUUCUGGGCGAACUGGCAGAGCGUCUGCACCACCACGAGGAGGCUGUGGAAGCGUAUGAAAACUGUCUGCAGAUCAAGUUUAGCCCCAAGGCUAUGCGUGGCGUGCUGAAAUUGAGCGAGGAGCGCAAACAAGUUCGGGAUGUUUGUGCGGCGCUCAUUAGACUGGUUACGUGGCAGUAUCGGUGGUACUCUGAGUUCUCCCCCAGUCUCCUCUACACCAUUCGCAAACUCAUCGAGGAAGAAGGCGCAGUCAAGAUUCGCAGCAUCAUCCAGGGCACCAGUCUUCCCCAACAUGUCCUCGAUCUCACUCACCAGUAUGCCGCGCUUUGUGCGGCGUUUAGGAGUUCGGGUAGCGAUGGUUAG